GUUGCUUUAGCCGAUAACGAUAACUAAAAAAUCUUGUCCGUCUUGCGGCUGGUGCCAAUUUAUAAGUAAUUUUUCAAUUAAAUUAUCACAAAAGUAGUUAGAAAACUCAAUCAAAAUGUCGGCCAAGCAGAACUCCAAGAAAUCAAAGUGGGCACUCGACUUUAAUGUUAGCAAAAAUGCAGAUAUGCCAUCGCCGCCUGGUUACAAUCCCACGGCGCUAGUAAAUCAAACUGAAGUUGUGCGUGAUCAACGUCUGGUGAUUAAAAAAUCGUGGGAUCUGGCUUUAGGACCGCUGAAACAGAUACCGAUGAAUCUGUUCAUCAUGUACAUGUCUGGCAAUUCGAUAUCCAUAUUCCCAAUUAUGAUGGUCGGCAUGAUGUUGAUACGUCCAAUUAAGGCAAUUUUCACAACACAAGUCACUUCAAAGAUGGCAGAGGGUGCACAGGGCACAGGUCAGCGUAUUGUCUACAUUUUGGGAAAUCUUGCCAACGUCGCCCUCGCUCUGUACAAGUGCCAUAGCAUGGGUCUCUUACCAACGCAUGCCUCUGACUGGUUGGCCUUUGUGCAGCCCCAGACUCGCUUAGAAUAUUAUGGUGGAGGUGUCUCCUUCAUUUAGAAUGUACAUUUAUUAAUUUGCUUUAUUUCAUCAUAGAUAAAAUUGUUUAAACACA